GCGCCGACUUGUUCCCGCCUCGCUCCGUAGCACGGCACGCCGUACCAGAGUUCCGCGAGCACCUUCAUAUGGACCUCGGGUUCAGCUCCGACGAGGAGGACUCCGAGGAUAUUACCCCAGCGCCCUAUGCCCCCGUCCAGGAGGAGCGACCUGGAAACCGGACGGGAGGGCAAUGCUGAGAACCUUGAGGGUGAUCUUGAGAAGCAGAGUGACCACGCGAAAUUGGAGAAGUCAGGGACUGAACGACCCGAAUGCGAAGCGACAUGAUUGCACGUUGAAGUGUGGGACCAUAUCCUCAAGCAAUCUCAAGCAUCCGCAGUCAGUAUCAAUCGAUAUCACUCGUAUUUCUUGGAAGUUGGUGUUAGGGUCAUGAAUCAUCAUGAAUCACAUAUAUGAAUCAUAUAGUGUUUUCAAUUGAACUUUAGCAGGUGGCUUCCUGCUGCGGGCUCAAUUCGGCAGCCGCACCACACAAAAGUGGCCGUUUGUUCUUGCGAACCUCCUCCUUUCUGACCCCAUGUGCCCGAAAGGAAUGGCUGCCAUUGAUGAGGAAAUCAUGGAGUUUCGCUUGGCUGAGAGGUGCACUUUCCUUGAAUACGUCCCAGUCAAGGGCAUCUCAAGGUGUACAAGUGCCCCCGAGCUGAAAGACGCCGUUGGUGGAUGUCCCACAUUUGAGGAUGACUUGGAGAAAGUCCCACCAAGUGUGGUGCCUAGCGCUUCCUGCGGCGCUUCCUGUACAGAAAACGACUGGAGCGAUGGUGGCCGCAGCCUCGACUGGUUGAGCACCUGCAGCAGCAUGGGAGACUCAAUGAUCGAGUUCAGUGGAUCUGACGGAGCGGAUGAGACUCCCAAGUGGUCGAUUGGAUCCCAACGUCACGCAGAAGGCCUUUGCAAACCUUGUGCUUGGUUUUGGCGACCUGGGAGCUGCAUUUUGACAGAACAUAUGUUUGAGAUUGUUUGAGAUAUUAUGUUGAGAUGAGAUCAUUUGAUUUUUGUUGUGGCUCGGCUCAGCUGUCCACAACCUGCUAAAUCGAUCCAGAGUUUUUCCAUCACUGUCCAGUUCAUCCUCAGGUACCCGGGGACGUGAGUGCCAGCAUUGCCACCUUUGCCCCGCGGGAACCCUGCAGAAGCAGAAGCGCCACAAUCGCGAGCUGGCCAAGGCCAUGCGUCGCAAAGCACGUCAGCAGUCAGUGGCUGAGGCCGCGCCCGGGCGUGUGAGGACAGCAACGGAUCAGGCAGUGGGGUUGGUGGCGCUGGCGGUGCUGAUAUGAUGGAGUGAGCUCCGGAGCAGUGGGGCCACCAGACGUUUGAAGAUUGAAGAGUUGUGCCGGAUAUGACCUUGCCAUGUCAUACAAGGUCAUGACGAUUCAUUGUUCUAAAGGUGGUUCAAAAGAACUGAUGAAACCUUACUAUUUUCAAUCUUCCUCCAAACGGUGUUUUAAGCGCAUGCUGGAUCGUGCAGGCUUGGCGUGUUGCACAGGGGCAGCAGCAUGCUGAAUGUUGAAACAUGUCGAAACAAAGGUAGG